ACUUUAACUUAUUGCACCAGUGCAUCAGUGCAGCUAAAAAGAACAGGCCAAUUGACACACUUGUACGGUUCUUUUCCCCUUCCAUUAAUACAAGUUCUGUCUCUCUCUAUUGCUCCGGAAAUGUGACUUCUGCGGAUAGCUGUCACUUAUAGAUAAACAUAAAGAAAUUGAAAUAUCACAAUUCUACGAAUUGUAUCGUAAAAGAAACAAUUAGCAGUUAUUACCAAAUAAAAUUGCAUUACAUUACGUAAAAUAAUUUUGAAAAAGAUCAAUGUACAUAUCUGCUAUUAAAUAUUUUAUAUAAAAUAUUUGUCAAUUUAACUGUAACAAGUAUUAAGUAUAAUAAAAUAUCUAUAAUAUCUUGGUUUAUCACAUAUAAUAGUGACAAUACCGUUGUUUCUCUUAACAUAACCUUCGAUUAUACUCCGUACACUAUGGCAAGUGUUCCUGGUGUCACACUGGAAACUGCAAAAGCUAUAUUGACGGACAUUUUGACAGCAUUGAAUACACCUGAUAAUUUACAAAAGCUUGCAGACGCCAAGGAAAAUUCUGGCAAUGAGAUGUUAAAAAUGAUGCAAUUCGUGUUUCCACUAGUAACACAGAUUCAAAUGGACGUCAUAAAAAAUUAUGGAUUCCCAGAAGGAAGAGAAGGUACUGUACAAUUUGUACAGUUCAUUAGAGCUUUAGAGAGAGAGGAUGCCGAAAUAGCGCAGCUACAUAGCCAGAUCCGUUCAUACUUUCUUCCACCAAUUACAAUAAAUUCUUCGACUGAAGCAUCUCUUUAGAUUGAAGCAGAUUCACUUAUAAAUUUUGUUGACUUAGAAGAUUCAUUUAUGUACAAUUUUUAUCUGAAGGCUGUAUUAAUUUAUUAAUUUAGAUAAAGAUAAUUUGCUCAAAUGAGAAAAAAAAUUAUCUCGUGCAUUUUUAUGAAAAAAAGGUUUAUAUUAUUUUUUAUAUGUGCUUUUUUAAUAUUUAAAUCACUUAUUACUUAUCUACAAUCUACACAUAAUAUUCUAAGGAAUAUUUUCAUUUAUAGAUAAAAAAUUUUUUUACUGAAGUAUUAAUAAAAAUAUAAUUUUCUUUAUCUUAAUAGAAUAAUUUAAUUACUAUCUGUACAGAUUUCAGCUAGUGUAAUGAAAUUUGUACAAAUCGUCUAGAAAAAAGUAUCAAAGGAAUUUUAAAUAUUUAAUUUGAGAAAACUUAAAAA